AUGGCCAAACAAAUCUACAUUGCCGUCGUCGGCUUGGGUGGCGUGGGCAAAGCUUUCUUGUCACAACUCGAAUUCCUCCGCCAACGCCUGGCUCAACAGAGCCCUGCCAUUGACCUCCGACUCAUCCUCGCCCGCCGAAGCCAGAAACAGCUUUUCAACUCCAAUUGGGAGCAUCUCGACAUCAACACUGUAUCCGCUCAGCUCGACAAGAAUGGCACGCCGCCACCACCUUUCAAUGAGACCUUUGGCCAGCUCGCACGCGCUCCCGGUCGCGUCGUGCUUGUUGACAAUACUUCCGAUGUGGGCCUGGCGUCACUCUACCCUAUGGUCCUCCAGCGAGGCAUCAGCGUCGUGACUCCCAACAAGAAAGCCUUCUCCGACAGGUACGAGCUCUGGGACUCCAUCUUCAAGUCCGCAGCCAAUGGCUCCGGCUCUGCUAGCAACGGCUAUGUCUUCCAUGAGUCCACAGUUGGCGCUGGUCUUCCUGUGCUCUCCUCUCUGAAAGAGCUAGUAGAGACAGGCGAUGAGGUCACCAAGAUCGAGGGUGUAUUCUCGGGUACCAUGUCCUUCCUCUUCAAUUCCUUUCAGCCGCUCGGCGGAGGAGGCGGCAAGUUCGCGGCAGAAGUGAAGAAGGCGAAAGAGUUGGGAUACACCGAGCCAGACCCAAGGGACGACCUAAACGGCUUGGACGUGGCAAGAAAGCUCACGAUUUUGGCCAGAAUAGCAGGCCUGCCAGUGGAAUCGCCGACAUCAUUCCCGGUACAAUCUCUCAUUCCAAAAGAGCUAGAAUCAUGCAGUUCAGGAGAUGAAUUUAUGGAGAAACUCGCGCAGUUUGACAGCCAGAUGGAGACAAUCAAAGAGGAUGCGACCAAUGAGGGCAAGGUGGUGCGAUUUGUGGGAAGCAUCGAUGUUCCAUCAAAGCAGGUCAAGGUCGGCUUGGAGAAGUUCGAUGCCUCUCAUCCCAUUGCGGCGCUCAAGGGCAGCGACAACAUCAUCAGCUUCUAUACCAAGCGAUACGGUAGCAAUCCGCUCAUCAUUCAAGGAGCUGGCGCUGGAGGAGACGUUACUGCAAUGGGUGUGACAGGCGAUCUGAUCAAGGUUAUCCGACUGCUGCAAUAA